AUGGUGCAGGUGUCGGACAUAAACGAUGCACCGCCAAGGUUUGCCCAGCGUGAGUGGAAGUUCCAGGUACCGGAAAACCUACCUGGAGGUUCGCUGAUUGCCUCCCUACCUGUGACUGACCUGGAUGUGGAUUCCUCGCUGACUUUUCGAGUGGUUCCAGAGAGCGGGCGGGGGUGGCGGCUGUUCCACGUGGAGGCGGGGGAGGGGGAAGGGAGCCGGAGGGGUCACCUAAGGGCGCUGGUUCCCCUGGACUUCGAGAACCGGGACCACAGGGGAGAGUUUCGGUUCAAGGUGGAGGUGACGGAUAAGGGCCCGAGGGCGUGGCAGGAGGAAGUGCGGCACGUGGAUGCGGCGUGGGUGACUCUGCAGGUGAAGGACGUGAAUGACAACACGCCCAUCUUGACACACGCCCACGCCAGCCGCACCUUGCCAGAGGACACUCCCAUAGGAACCCACCUUGCCUCCUUCCCUGCCCAUGAUGCAGAUGCGAGCGAUCCAGCGGGCGUGUUUGGCGUGGAUGAGGCGGGUGUGGUGGUGCUGGUGGCGCCCCUGGACCGGGAGACUGCUGCCGCCCACGAGGUGCUGGUGUGGGCGGUGGAUGAUGGCGCGCCGCCCAGGACUGCCACCGCCACCCUUACCAUGUUAAUGACAAUCCACCACACCUGCGCGACCCGAAGGAGGUACAGGUGGAGGAGAACGCAGGUCCGCAGGUGGUGGCGCGGGUCAAACUGGGGGACCGUGACAGCUGGGGAGGUGGUCACGGUCCCCCAUUCACCGUGGCACUGGAUCCCCGCGCCCCCCCCUCACGUGGCGGCCGUCAUUAAGGUGUCGCUAGAUCCAGGCGGGGACGAGGGGCGUGGCGUGGGCGUGGUGGAGACAAGGGCGUCGCUGGACCGGGAGGCUGGGCGGGAGGUGCUGGUGCCCUUGGUGGUGGGGGAUGCCGGGCGCCCACACCCACUCACCGCCACCGUCACCCUCACUGUUCACGUGGGGGAUGUAAAUGACAACCCCAUGACGUCCGCCACCAAGACUGUCAUGGCCCACACGCUGCAGGCGUCUCCGGGUCCGCAGUUCCCCGUGGCUCUGAGUGAGGUAGUGCCCUUGGGUCGUAUCUACGUGAAGGACCCUGAUGACUGGGACGCUGCGGCCAAGACCUACUCCUGGCGGGGCCCUGAACACCCUGAUUUCACCCUGGACACCGCCACGGGCCACCUCACCAUGCGGGCCGACGCGAAGGAGGGAAUGUACCAGUUGGGAUUUAAGGUCAGUGAUGCAGUGCAGGGUCAGUUUGGGGUCACAGCUGACGUCACAGUGGAGGUCAGGUCACUCAGGGCCAGGGAUGUCACCGACGCCACGCCCUUGACCCUGGAAGCCACGCCCUACGAAGUGGUGAGAGAAGAGGGCGAGGGGUCUGUGCUGAGCCGAUUGGUGGGGGCGGCGCGGGUGUGGGUGACGGGUGGAGGCGUGGGCGUGAUGGUGGUGUCGGUGGAGCCGCUGGGAAGGGAGCCGCCUCACCGGACAAGGGUGUGGCUCUCAGCGGCCGCCACGCCCCACAACCUACACAGCCUGCUGCGUCUCCACCGCAGGCAGCUUGGGGAGGCAGCUGGCGUGGCCAUCGGUGAGGUGGGGCUGGGGGCGUGCCGCGAGGGGCGGCGGGCUGGGUGUGGCAGCGGAUGUGUGCUGCGGGCGGGCCUCAGCGGAGAGUUCAGCCUGGUGGACGCUAACACGUCAGCCGUAACGGGGCCGCGCUUCACGACGCACGCCGCCUGUGGCUGCGGCGGCGCGGCGGGGGACGCCCGGGCCUGCACCGAGGGCAGCUGUCUCAACGGCGGCCGCUGCGUGCACUCCUCCACUGGGGCCAGGUGCGUGUGUCCCCACCACACCCGCGGCGCCAGGUGCAAGUUGCUAGCCCGCCACUUUAGGGGCGGCGACAAGCAGCGCGCGUGGGCGUGGGCGCCUCCCGUGCCAGCCUGCGCCGAGGUGCACCUCAGCCUGGAGGUGCUGACUCGCUCACAGGACGCCACGCUGUUGUACGCCGGGCCGGACCGUCCACCCCCUUUCCCCCCGGGCCAGGCCGUCCGGGACGUGGUGGCCCUGGAGCUGCGGGCGGGACGUCCCUCCUUGCUGCUGGACCUCGGGGGAGGCCCCGUCUCCCUCACCGUCAACACCACAGCGCCCCUAAGUGACAACACCUGGCACCGCCUGGACGUGCUGUGGCGCAGGCAGAUGGUGCUAUUACUGGUGGACCUGUGUUCGGGUGGUAGUCUUGACACAUCUGCCACUCCUGACGUACCUCACAACCACUCCACACCCGCUCCACACCCACAGCCAGAGCCCCACACCUGCAGGGCGGAAGGGAGGGUACCAUCAGGAGGCAGGUUCUUGGAUGCCCCAGGGCCGCUGCAGGUGGGGGGCCUGGCUCACCCGCCCCCUCCCCACGCUGAAUAUGGCUGGCCAAGACCUCUGGCUGAUCACCCUUUCACCGGCUGCCUCAGGAAUCUCAGAGUGAAUGGAGAGUUGGUUGACCUGGGGGAAAGUUUACUGAGUCAUCACAGUGACCCGGGCUGCCCUGCUGCUGACUGUGCCUCCUCUGGACUCAGUUGUGGCCCUCAUGGCAGGUGUAGUGGGUCCCCCAGCAGCCUGCAGUGUGAGUGCCUGGCAGGGUGGGGUGGGGAGGGCUGCACCACACCUACUCAGCCCACCAGUUUCCUGCCGAGUAGCUAUGUCCGCCUGGCUCUCUCCUUCACUCCACUCGCCCACACUACUUCCCUCCAGCUUAGGUUCCGCACCAGGCAGCAAGACGGGCAGCUAGUGGUGUUGUCGUCGCAGCACAGUCGUGACCGUCUGUCCCUGCAGCUGGCACAGGGACACCUCUGCUUGCUGCUGCACCUCCACCCCCACCCCCCAAGGUCCUUGUGUCUGUCCAGGGUGCGGCUGACAGAUGGCAGGUGGCAUGUCAUUACUGCCUCCAGACACGGCUCCACCACACUACUGGCAGUGGACGAGGGGGAUGGAGACCUGUACAAUGCCUCUGUGUCUCUGGGGGACUCUGAGGCGGCUGCUAUUCUCCAGGUGGACAGGCAGGUCGGGCUGCAUGUGGGGGGACUGCCGGAGUACGCUGGUGUAAGUGUUAUCAAGAUCCAUGGAGAUUAUCAUGAUGGGUGUGUGGAUGACGUGAGGGUGUCGGGGCGUGUGGUGCCACUGCCCCCUGCCGCUAACAGCACACCAUGGGGCCAGGCCAGCAUGUUCCAGGGGGUGCGGGAUGGCUGCACGGCCCCCCCUGCCUGCACCAAUGUCACCUGCAGGCCACCACUCAUCUGUGUUGAUACCUGGAGGUCGUACCACUGCGGGUGUGGGGCAGGCCAAGUGUUGUCAGGGGCACGAGACACCUGCGAGGACGAGGAUGAGUGUGCGUGGGACCCCUGUCUGCAUGGUGGCACCUGUAUUAAUAAGCCUUCAGGGUUCUUGUGUCAGUGUGCCUCAGGGUUCAGCGGGCGCCACUGCCACCUGCCAGGCCCUACAGACACCUCCCUCAGGAUAUCCCUCACUGCCCUGGUCGCCACUGUUGCUUGGUCCGUCCUUCUGCUGUUGGUGGUGUGUGCGCUGCUGCUCCACCAACACCACCGCCGGGCAGCGCUGCGGAGGGGCGGCCCUGCCAGGGUGAACGGGGGGGAGCGUGGCGCCUCCCCCUCCCUUGCCAGACCCAACCCACAUGGCGCUAACGGACAACCUGCUUGGACCACGGCUGCAGGGGGGGAGCCGGAUGUGGUGGAGCUCCAGGGGAACCACCGCCACCCAGGGGAUUGUCCGAUGACCCUGGAGGAGACGGGAUUGUGUGUGGUGAAGGCGGGGAAAAGAAAAGGCAGCGAGAAUGGUGUGACUGGAGCAGGGGAGAGGAGGAGAGGCGGGUGUGACAUGGCAGCAGGGGACGACCUCAGAAAUUACUCCUACGAGGGUGAAGGUUCCUCCCCCGGCUCCCUCUCCUCCUGCCUGGAGAGCUGUGGGGGCAGUGCCAAGUUCCUGGGCGGCUUCAGGGAAGUGGCACGUGUCCUUGAGUCCUGGGAACCCUCAAGUGUCCGCUCCACCCACUCCACACCCACCAAGACAGACACGCCCCCUCCGCCCACAACCACACUCUGCCCCACCCACCAUGCCUCUCCUAUCCUCGCCCACCACACCACAUUCCCCCCCACGCCACCUGCACUGACCACCCACAUCCUGCCCCCUCCCGUCCCUGUCCCCACCAUUCAUGUGUCAUCUGAGGGUGUGUCAAAAGGCUUCUUGACACCUGAAUCCUAGAAACAAUCCACAGCAGGCCAGCGGCGAGGAAGAACACACAUCACCAUCACCAUCACCAUCACCACCAUACCAUCACCACCAUCACCACCAUGAGGCGCAAGCAACCACCCACACACCCUCCUCGCCGCUGCCCCGCCCUGGUGGCCUCACAGGGGCACCACACACCUCAAGGGAGCUGCCUGGCCCCUCCCCUUCCCCCUGGCAUGGCUCCUUCUGGUGUGUGUGAGAGGCGGGAGACAAGAUGGACCGGUGUGUGUGUGGAGGAAAGGGUUUUACCAGCACCGUGACUCCUGUGAUGUGGAAAUAGAUGGAAGGUAACUGGCGUCCUUCACUGACACUUGCCGGGGCCCUGAAGGAGGUGCAGGUGCCCUUGGGUGUAUAGGGGGGAGAGAGGAGGCACUGGGGACAUGGGGGAGCGGCACGAAGGUGUUAAUUCAGAAAUACCAGUGGGGGGGGGAUGAUAGAUAAGAGAGGCAGAGUUUGGGUUUGGCUUACAGGUGGGAAGGAAUGGGUGACUAAGUGAGGGUAAGAGAGGAUGGGGAGAGAAAUAGAAAUGGUUAGGAAAGAGGAGGAGGAGAAAAGGAUGGAAGAUCAAGGAUUAAGUAAGAAAAGGAAGGGGAUGUCAAGAAUUAGGAGAAAAGGAGGGAAUGUCAAGAAUUAGAAGUAGAAAACAGAUGAAAUAUCAAGAAUUAGGAGAAGGAAUAAGUGAAAAGCUGAGAAUAAUGGCAGAAGAAGUGAGAAAUGGAAUGAAAGAGUACAACUGAAGGAGAUGAGAAAGGAGGAGGUUUGAAAGAUAAAGAUAUUGGAGAUAAAACAGGGAAAUGAGAAAAGUCAGGGAAGAAGAGAAGUAGGAAAGAAAUAAAUAAAAUUAGGAGAGGCCGAGUGGGAGACAAAGAUGUACAAGAUUAAAAUAAUGGAAAAAUGGGAGAGAAAAGGGAAGAGAAGAAGACAUAGGCAGGAAGAUCAAGAACUAGAAAGAAAGGGAGAUAAAGUAGAUGUAAAGGACAAAAAUAGUGGAAGAUAAAGGGAGAAAUGAGAAGAGAAAGAAGUGAGGAAGAUUAAGAAUUUGGAGAGAAAAAGAGAAAUAAGAAAGAUAAAAGAAGGAAAUAGGAAAGGAGGGAAGAUGGUUAAGAGAGGAAGAAGUACAAUUAAUGAAAAAAAGUAUAUAAAUAUAGGAAAGGAAGGAGAUAAGAGGAGAGAGAAAAGAAUUACCAGUAUUAUGAAGGAUUAUGAAACACAAGCUUUGAAAAAUUUAUCUGUAGAAGCCAACACAAGAAAGAAAAGAUUUGGAAGAAAAAUGAUGAAACACACUUAGAACAAUUUAAUCUAUGUAAACUAACACAAGAGGAGACUGAAGGCUUGGCUGGCCAUUUGCUGGGAUAUGAACCCUGGCAUAGCAAAUGUGGAGUAUAAGUAUUAACCAGUGAAUCAUGUUGUUGUUGUUGUUAUUAUUAUUAUUAUUAUUAUUAUUAUUAUUAUUAUUAUUAUUAUUAUUAUUAUUAUUAUUAUUAUUAUUAUUAUUAUUGUAAUUGUUAUUUUUAGUUUUUUUUAUUUGUUUCUGAAUUUGGAAAAUUGAGAAUAGAAAAAUGUUUGCUUUUUUCCUGUGAUUUAUUUAUGAAAAUAUUAUGAACUGGACUUGAAAUAUUGAAAAAAUGUUUAAGAAUUUGGGUUGAAAAUUUAGGGUUGAUUCUGGUUUACAAAAUUUCAAAAUACAAAAGUUUUAUUAAAGGAACCAAACUCAUUUAAAAAAGUAUCAUUAUUAUUGUUAUUAUUAUUAUUAUUAUUAUUAUUAUUAUUAUUAUUAUUAUUAUUAUUAUUAUUAUUAUUAUUAUUAUUAUUAUUAUUUUAAGGUCAAAAGUAAUGGUUGUAUGGAAAACUUUCUCUUUUUGUCAUUAAUUAAGGUGUUUUGUGCCUCCAGGUGUGAUGAAAUAAAUGGUUGUUCUUGUCGUGGUGUUCUGUGUCCCUCACUGUGUCUCUGCCUCUCCCCUGCGUGAGUCAAAAAAUAAUAUUAGUUUUUGUA